CUAGUUUUGCUCAAUGUCGGGUUCCUCGUCAGCUCUUACGUCCAUGUCGAACAGCACACUCACCAGUCACGAGUCACGACGCACGACGCACGACUAGUCAGUGGUCACCUUUGUCUUGUACCCUUAUCCACGAAAACUUGUCUCCUAGAGUCCUAGUCCUAACCACUAGAGCCCAGCCCAGGCCCACGUUGGAAUUUUUUGCAAUAAUGGCUCCAAGUCUUCGAGUUUCUUCAAUGGCUAUCGGAACCUACGAGGCUAGUACCGGCUACACAUACGACAGUGAAUCCUUUCUUCAUAGCUUCAUUCGGUACAUAAACAUUAGUGUUAGUCGCUUAACCCUAAUCCUCCAUUUCUGCAUUGCGAUCUACAAUGCAUCUCUUGUCGUUGCUGUUAUCGUCUUACAGGCAUGUUGAAUUAAGUUGAUAAUACUGGGGUUGGAAUUUGAAGUAUCUUUCCAAGUAGGAGUGUAAGAAUUCAUGUAGGCCUGUUGGUUUGAUACUUUGAUGGACCAAUUGACAAUCGAAAAUGAUGUCCAGCAACUACCUGCAAGCAAUGAUGAGUUUGGAGGUGUGAUGGUAGAGAUGAAGGAGCAUAUGGUCUCAGAUGUCUUUCGUACACUGCUUAAAAAUUCAAUGGCGCAUUGGAGAUCACAGGGCAAGAAGGGUGUUUGGAUUAAACUGCCAAUUGAGCUAUCAAAUCUUGUGGACACUGCAGUUAAGGAGGGUUUCGUGUACCACCAUGCUGAACCCAAGUACCUGAUGCUCCUUUACUGGAUUCCUAAAACUAUAAAUCCCAUCCCUGCAAAUGCUUCACAUAUAGCACGUGUUGGAGCUAUUGUCUUAAAUGAUAGGCGAGAGAUGCUUGUUGUCCAGGAGAAGAUGGGGCAACUACGAGGCGUUUGGAAGGUCUCCACUGGAAUUAUUCAUGAGGGUGAGGAUAUUUCUGUAGGGGUGGUUAGAGAGGUCAAAGAAGAAACAGGAAUCGAUACAGAGUUUGUCGAAGUACUAGCAUUCAGUCAAGAGCACAAUGUAUUCUUUGGGAAAUCAGAACUAUUUUUCAUGUGCAUGAUGCGUCCAUUAUCGUAUGACAUCCUGGUUCAAGAAACAGAAAUUGAGGCAGCCAAGUGGAUGCCAUUAGAGGAAUAUGCAGCUCAGUCUUGUGCUCAAGAACAAGAAUUAAGAAAAUACAUUACCCAGUUAUGCAUAGCAAAGGUAGAGAGGGACUACUCUGGAUUUUCACCAAUCCGGGUAACAUCAGGAUCAUAUUCCAAUGGUAAUGCAACUUACAUUUACUUCAACAAGUCUGAUUUAAACAAAAAAGGAGAUAAAAAGAGAAAAACACAAAUCUAGCCACUUUACUUUCCUUAAUGCUUAACGUUAUUCCCCACCAAUUUUGCAAUGCCCACUGCCAAAUCAGUCUCCUAUAUUAACAUCUUCUCAACCUAAGUACCUAACUCUUGAUUUUUGCAAUAUGGAUCGCCCUUUUGCUGUGAAAAUGGUUUUUGAAGCGCUCUACCUUAAAAAAAAUGUUUAUUUUGAUAGAAUAUGAACAAUUUCGCAGUAUUAGUUUUUUUUUUUUGUUGGUGGGAGACUUACAAAUAGUAAAGAAAGUGGUUAAGUUACAUAAGGCUGUUACAAAUGAUGGGAGUCAUUAAAGAAAGUGUGUAUCAUUAAUGAAUAAGGAAAAGUUUGUCUAUUGUAACCUUUGGUUACUCAAUACAACUACUUAUCACGUUUGUUUGUUUGUUUGUACAAUAUGUAUUUUUGAUUUUUUGUGUAUUUUAAAGCUGAUACAAAUUUGAUGGUAAUCCUGCCC